AUGAAACGUUCUAGUAAUGAACAUAUCGAACCCAUGAUCAUUGAGUUGGUAGCGCUCUGUUCGAUCAUUGUCUUCACAUCGGAAUCUUUCGACUGUCAUGAAUUUUGUGGAAACCCUGAUUUAUUUAAUAAAGAAAAAGUAAUUUUCAAAACUGAUACAUAUCAAUAUUCUCAUCAUUAUAAAUAUUCCCAGUUAAUUCGCCGUGAUCAGACGUCUCCAAUUAUUAGUGGAAAUUUUGAGAAAUUGAUUACUGAAAAGGAAAUAGAUCUGAAAUUCUCCUUUACAUUUAACGGUGGUGCUAUUAGAAAAUUAAAUAUAGAAGACCUUCGUAGAAUUACUUUAAGAACAGAAAAGCAUUAUGCAGAAAUUACCAAUUAUAUCUUCGGCUAUGGUGGGUGUGAAACUGAGAUUUUGGAUAAGGAGGAAUAUUUUGCUGUCAGAAGGUCUUGUCCUACAAACAUUGAUAAUAAAAGUGAUACAAUCAAGGUAAUGCACGUGAUACACUCGAAUGGGAAGAUAUCUUUGUAUUAUGAGAACAUUCCUAGGGGAAUUGAAAACGGCGAAGUUCAAACGGCCUUUGAUUAUUAUAUCAAGUGUGGGCAAGAUUUUAAAGUGCAUAAUAUAAUCGUUACUUAUGAAUGGAUCAAUAGUCGAACGCUAGUGGAAUAUGAAGUUCUCGGGGAUUGUCUAAAUCACAAUUCGAGCGAAACAUGUCAAAGUGGAGCAACAUUGAAUACAAGGUGUAUUUGGUGUGAAAAACCCCAUUUAUGCAUUACUAUAAAUGAUGAAGAUGUUCAUGUCUUUGAAGUGAAUGGUUGUCAGAUUAAAAACAUCACCACAAAUACAACUGCAGACAUUGAGAAAAGAAAAUCACUGCAAUACGUGUACAUCGUUGUACCAUUAGUUAUAUCAUUGCUUAUUGUAUGCAUUGCCUGUGGCAUUUGGCUAUGGUUCUACAGAAGGAGGAGGGUUUAUCAAUAG